GGGGGGAGUUGAUUAAAUUGUCGUGUCCUGCUGUAUCGACAGAGGCAUAAAGCCUACAGAUUUUGUGUGCUGCUUUUGCUAUGCAUCAAAAGCCUCAACCCUAAAAUGGUAGGUAUUUUGCUUUAAAUGAAUUGUGGGCGAGAAUUCUACAUUUUUAAUCUUGGCCUUAAGCUUUGUAUAAAACUCCAUUAAGUCACGAGUUGUUGCUUCUUUUUUUCAGGCCAAGUCAUUCACUAAGUCACUCUUUCAAGUACUUCACCAUCUCUCCCUUCCUUGGUAGGCGGAGCGGCCGCGAAGUUUCAGCUUCUAUCACCUUUUAAUCACACCUAAAGCCCCGCCCUUUACCCACUUCCGGAAAGGGCGGGGUGGCGUGGGGGAGGGGAAAAGAAGAGAUCAGAGGCGGAGGGGAGGGGGAAGGGAGCUCUGCCUCGUCUUUCCAUCCACCCACCCCUCUUCCGAUCUCGCGUCCGAUAGGCUUGCCCUGCUGUCUGUUAAACCCCGUGAGCAAUGAGUGCGGGGCCGUGACGUCAGGCACCACAUAGGAAACUCCUCCGCCUCCUUCGCUGGGGCUGGCUCUCGGCGGGGGAGGGGAGGGAGGAAAAGGGGUGAAACAAUUUCAAGAUGGCGGCGACUGAGGCGCGGAUAACAAUGGAAAGCGGGAGGCUUGGGUGGCUCCGGGCCUGAGCUGGGGUCGGGGCAGGAGUGAGGGAAAGUCGGCGGCGCGUCGCCAGGCUCCCGGCAGGAGGCGGGGCGGCCCCGGCCUGUAAAGGGUGGCGGCAGCGAAGGAGGAGGAGAAGGACGACGACGACGACUACAGGGGAAGAGAGCCGAGGCUGUGAGGGCUGCCCGGUGUCUCUGGCCGCCAGCCAUGGCGGAGUGAAGCGGCCGCCUGGUCUCUCGCGUUGCCUUUCUCGCCCUCGGCUCAUGGUCCUGCCCCCCUGCCCCAUGGCGGAGUUCGUGGUUCCGCGACACAGCGCGGUGAUGGAGCGGCUCCGCCGGCGGAUCGAGCUGUGCCGGCGGCAUCACAGCGCCUGCGAGUCCCGCUACCAGGCCGUGUCUCCGGAGCGGCUGGAGCUGGAGCGCCAGCAGACCUUCGCCCUCCACCAGCGCUGCUUGCAGGCCAAGGCCAAGCGGGCCGGGAAGCACCGCCAGCCGCCUCUGCCUCCCCCGGCAGCCGCUCCGCCGGCCGCCCCGUCCCAGCCGCCUCCCCCUGCUCCGGCCCCGGGCUCCGGGGGCUCCUCCGCCUCUACCUCCGCUCCUCCCGACAGGCCUGGAGUCAACGGCCUGGACGCCGACACCGCGGGCGGUGAGCAGCAUCAGCAGCACGGCCGGAGCAGCGCCCUCAUCGCGGUAAGGUCCCAGCUGGUGGGCCUCGGGGUUGGUUUGGGCUUUGCCCGGGGGAAUCCGCGCCACCCCUUGAAAAGGACCUGUAGGGCCGUGAAGGCUGAGGCCGGUGGUCAGAAAGGAGUCGUAGCUUGGAGUGAACUUUCCUUUAAUGAGGCUGGAGAGGUUUGAGGCCUCCCUCAGAGUUCGAGUUCCUCAUAUUGGGAACAAGAUAAGAGGAUGUUUGUUUCCACCUCCCCUCGGGCCGCUCCAGCUGUGCAUGAAAGAGAAACUUGAUUGUUUGCUCUCCUGAUUCCAUCUACCCCAUUCCCCGGAAUAUAUAUAAAUAUAUAUAGUCUCUUCUCUUCCAGCUUAUUAAGGCAGCGUACGUAUGUAAAUAGUCAUUAACGAAAAAGCGGGGAUCUCUAGCAAAGUAUGUAGGAAAAGUAAGAAAUGGUAGGCUUCCAGUUCUGUUAUGAGCAAAAUAAAGGGUAAUGCGAUUCUUUACUUCCUUUAGCGUUGCUAUAUCUUGGCUUUACAGCGAAAUGUGGCAUGAGAAUGAUCCAUCCAGGCAGGCAGGCAAGUUUGUGAAAUGUUCUUGAAGCUCUUGCUCAUGUCCAGUGUAACAAGCCUGUGCAGAUAGUUGUUUGGCAGGAAAAAUAAGGGCUGUAUUUCUCCCUUUUAUAUAUGUAUUGUUUUUUAUUCCAAGGAUCUUAGAGUGGUUCACAUGGGAGACACUGUUUUUAUUUUCACAACAACAUUGUCUGAUAGGUUACUGUAUGUGAGCAACUGGCCUAGUCCCUGCCAUACUGGCUAUGUAACAGAGGGGGAGCUUCAGUAUGAAGAGUUUUUAAAUGGGGUUUUAGGGACCAACUUGGAGACUGGUAUGGAAUGUCUGCAUACACAGAAAUUGAGAAUUUUACUCCAUAUAGUGGAGCCUGCUUGUUCUGGUUUUCUAAGCAUAUUGGUCCAGUGACUCAAUCCACCACAUCAUGUGUAUGAGUUGGUGGAAAAUGAAGAAGACUGCUUAUGACUUUUCCUGCUGUGGGUUUAAAGAUGUAAAGAUAAUACCUGUCUUCCCUGUAAAAGGGUAGGUUUUGCUAACUUUCCCUAUAGAAUCAGGUCGGUGUUUUGGGACUGAAGCAAGGUGUAGAAAAAUCACACAAAGUUAGAUGGUGUGUUAAGAAAACCACAAAUAAGAAACAGUAAAGCUGUUGUGGGUAAUCCCAAACAGCUGUAGGUGACUAUGUUUCAUGUUCACUUUGAGAUGAUGCCUUUGAGUUUGGGUUUGCUCGCCUUUGAUCCAGUGUUAGAAACUUAGAUAUAUAAGCUAGGCGCCAAAUGGUUCCUUAAACCAGGGCUACAUUUGCCAAAACAUAAUGCCUAGUUGCCAUUUUGGGGGUAGACUGCUCAAAAGUAAUAAUUUUCAAUAUGACUUUCUGGCUCCUGAAAUUCAUUCUGAUUGUGCAGAUAAAAUAUAGUAGAUAGAAUUGCUAGUGUGUAAAAACAGUCAAGAUCCAAGGAUGCCCAGGCACGCACUCCAGAUGGUGGAGACAUCAGGCGCCAUCCUGGCACCCGGGCAUCUUCACUUGGUCGCAAGUGGCCAAUAGCCAGGUGCAAAAUGUGCCUGGUGCCUGGCAAAUUUUGAACGCUGCUUUGAUCACAACUGAAAAAUAAAAUGAAGCUGCAACUGUCUAUUCAGCCUAGCACCAGUGCUUCAAGGUCUGAAGUAGAGGCCUUUCCUAGUAUUAACUUCUGUGAUUAUUUCACCAGGAUUUAAACUGGGACUUUUAGACAGGCAAAUCACUGUGCUGUGGCCUCUCCCAAAUAAGUAUCAAAAUUUUGGACUCCUAUUGGAAUUGGAAGAUAUACUUUCUGACCGUAACUUUUGUGUUGAAAUAGUGAAGUAUAAUUCCAGAUACACUGGAGAGGUAGAAUACUAUAAAUUUGUUGGGAUUUUAGUUCUCCAAAUUUUUCCUCAUGUACCUUUACUUGUGCUUUAUGUUAUAGCUCUGUGAAAGGAUGGGUAAAGACUCAGAAACAUCACAUAAGCAUAUUUUCAUUGUCUUAAGUAAGGGUUGAAUGUUUAUGUAUUUCUAAUGGAUUCUUAGAAUUUAUUAAUAAACAUUGUAAUCUGAGUUGCAUUUUAGCAGCCUUGAAGAGAAGGACAUGCUUUGGGGAAAGUUGUUUGCUUAUGUUAUUAGUUGUAGAUAGUCCCUAAGUCAAAAUAAGCAACCAUAUAUCAGAUUGUAUCCAAAGGGCAUAUUUUUUCCAACAUUGCUCCUUUCUUUAGGUGUAAUAUUUUAUCCUUUAAAUACCAAAACCAAAUUAAUUACAGCAGGAACAAUAUGGUUGGGGAUUAUCCAGUGAAUCCCCACCCCCAAUGUACAAUACAUUAAUUUUCUAGCAAAGCACUGGACUUGGUUCCUCUUCUAGUUCUUUUCAAAUAAUCAUCUAAGCUAUCUCCCAAGUGCAUUUGUACAAAUGCAUUAAUAGAGCUGUAGCACUUUUUCAUAAGCAAGGCCCAUUAAAUCCAGCAUCCUCUCUUCAGUGUCCAAGCCUAUGGGAAGCCUGCAGGCAGGAUCUGAGUGCAGCAGCGAGCUCCCUACUUGUGAAUCCCAGAAGCUGGUAUUUAUAGAUAUACUGCCUCUGACACUGAAACAUGUUAUUUUUUCCUACAAAACGUACAUUUUAAAAACUGUGUGCCUUCAUCCUUUAGGGUAGAUAAAAUGUUACUAAUCUAUGCUUCAGUUUUAUCACCAGUGGCUAUUGGCAAGUCUCCAGUGGGUAAGAUUAAGUGGGAAGGAAGAAGUAUUCUCUUUAUUGGUCACUGAAUAUUUGGCUAGAAAAAUGAAAGUAAAAAUUAAAAUCUCUCACAUUCCUUGUAAUAUAUUGCUAUUUAUUCUUGAUACAAGAGAUUGACAUAUCUAAUCUUGAAUUUCUUCUGUGCCUGAGCUCACAGUGAUACUGAAAACAAAGAAAGUUAACUAUUUUAGUAAAGUUAAAGUGAAUUGCCAAGCUGUUUAGGUCAGUAUGGUUAACAACACAUCUGAAAGAUGCAUCCAAAAUGAUACUAAUACUCUUAGUAAGCUAGGGAAUGAGAAAAGGAACAAACCAGGUAACCCUUUCUAUGACAUUUUAGGUUGUGAUCUUUGCAUCUGGUAGAGUCAGGAGUUGCCUGCCCUAUUAGUCAUUUGUCUGUUUUAGAAUUUGGCUGGACAGAGCUAGGACAUAGUCAGAAGGAUGGGUCACUUUAAUCUUUUUCUGGCAGUGAGGUUGUAAGAAGGCCCUGUGAUCUGACAAUGUCUUAAAUGGUAUGUGUCCCAGAUAGAAGGUUGUUCAAAACUUUGUAAGAAGAGCUUGGUAAAUUCUUUGAUACUUUAAACUUUAUGUUGUAUUUCAAAGUGUACACUUUAAAAUACACACUUCAGAAAGGAAAAUAGCUAAGAACAUAAAACAUAACUCUAUAACUUUCUGCUUUAUACAUAUUUUGGAUUGUAUCCAAUGCUGUCAGUGCAUUAUUUUCAGGUGUUGAUAUCUAUGCCAAAAGGAAAGCAAAAGGGUAAGAAAAGCCUGAUUAGACCUCUUAAUGACCUUCUAAUGACUAACUGUUUUUAACAUUGUGUUUUAAUUGUUGUAACUCGCCCUGAGAUGUUAGGGUGAAGGGUGGAUAAUAACAACUUUAUGCUUACUUUUGAACAGUUGGACCAUACAGAAUGUGACCAUAUAGUAUGGGUUAAACUUCUAAUUUUUAGAUGAUCUACAAUCUAUAUUUUAACAGAAAAAAAGCACUUGUACGGCUAUAAGUACCAUACAAUCUGGUUAUCCGCCCUUUCUGGUUAGCAACAAGGAACUAAUGUGCAAACUAUAUGCUUGAUGGUAUUUCUCACCAUCAAGGUUUUUCUUUCAAACCAAACAAUAUUCUUAAGUACUGCUAGAAGUGAUGUGGAUGGAUCUGCCCCUAUUUUUGAGCAGUCAAACUCCAAAUUGCUUUACCAUUAAGUGUGGUAAUGAGCAGAAGUUGGGGACAUUUUAUCAAUGAAUAAGAUACCACCACAACUGAAAAUUAUGUCAAACCCUACAUCCUUAGUUGCCUUUCCACAAAUGGAAUGGCUUCUUCUGUUCAUGCAGCUCCUCCUGCUCCUCCACAUGCAGCUGCUGGGUGACCUUGGGCCAGUCACACUUCUUCGAAGUCUCUCAGCCCCACUCACCUCACAGAGUGUUUGUUGUGGGGGAGGAAGGGAAAGGAGAAUGUUAGCCGCUUUGAGACUCCUGAAGGGGAGUGAAAGGCGGGAUAUCAAAUCCAAACUCUUCUUCUUCUUCUUCUUCUUCUUCUUCUUCUUCUUCUUCUUCAUCAUGAAAGUGACAUGAGUCCAUCCACCUCCCAUGCUGUUUCAGAGGAUCCGCCAGCCUUCUGGAAGAGAUUUUACUGGGGCACAGGGAGUGCAUGAGAAGAGGAAAUUGGCGAAUAUCACCUUUCCCCACUUCUGGUAGUCAGGUAGUGGCAGUACCCCAGGUGUGGACUUGCACUCAUAGGAACUUAGAAUCUAAGUCCCUCCCUUGUUUAUGUUGAGGCAAGGAACAGAUCCAGCAGAGGUUCUUUGCUGUGGGAAGAUAGAGGAGCAGCAAUUGCAGUGAUUCCUCAUUGCCCCAGCAUCUCUCAUUAGCAUUUCCCUUGCUUUUCUGGAGGCCCUCCCUCCCCACUCUGAAACAGCUUUUCAAGGCACACAAGUGGCUGCAAGCACCAGCAGAGCUCCAGUGAGCACAUUAGGGUUGAACCCUAUGGAAAUUAUGUUCUGUGUUUAUUAAGAUUGUGAGCACCUUUUUAAAAUUUAACCAGUAUAUAUCCUUUCCCCGUACUACUGUUGGUACUGACAACCUGAAUCACUUGCAGGCAAGAGCUGUAUGUUGUCAACAAGAACACUUGUUUGCUUUUUAUUGCUUAUUAGUGUACUGAAACAUAAACAAGUUUUAAUUAAAGUACUCUCGCAAUGACGAUGAUCCUGUUGUGUGUUCUGAAAUUAAUGUUCUCCCUUUUACAUGUAGGCACUUACCAACAAAAUAGCGGUAUCUACAUGUUUCUAUACUAUUCUCUCAUCAGAGGUCUGUCAUUGACCUUACUCACUUCUGUAGUUCAGGGAGCCAUGGUUUGGUAUACAUAGGUGAACUUGGGACCCAGAAAUUUUGCAGGCAGUGCCACUGCCCCAAGCAGUUGUAUCCAUCCUGAUUGGGAGAUUUUGUGGUUGAUUAGAGACAGGACAGUACUGAUAACAGUUACAUUGCCUGUAAGCUGUGUGAUAGUUGCCUUCCAGGCAUGCCUAAGAUCUGCUUUGGCUGCCUGAAGUAAUGCAAGGUGUGGAGUUGGAAUGACUGCAGACCAUUUUGUGGGAUUACACACACAAUUGCUUUCAGUGCUUGGAUAGAAGUUUCUGCUAACAAGCUGAUUAACUUGUUGCACAACAAGUUGAGGUAGGGUGUUGUUUACUAGUCUGUAUGCUAUUGGCAGUUUAAAUGCUGUCUUCUCGCAAGUCUCAUUUCAUUCUACUGUAAUGGUGUUUUCUGUGAUAUAAAGCACUCAGAGCAACUAGUAAUGCUGUUCGACUUUAAAAGAGGUGGACCGGCUAGCAUUUUGUUUCACAAGUCACAGAAGUUCUGAUUUAGAAAAAAAGUUUCUACUGUAGCUGUGAAUUAACGUAUUUUUCCAUCUAUUAGAUGACCCCAUGUAUAAGAUGCCCCCUAUUUUUGGGGACUCAGAUUUAAGAAAAUGGGGGGAGAUGGUCCAGAGUAUAAGACACCCCCUAAUUUUUGACAUUAUUUUUAAGGGGGGAAAACCUAGUCUUAUACACGGGAAGUCUUAUCACUAAUAGGUUGACCUCAGGAAUAAAGGCUCUAUCAUUAAAGUCCGUUCAGAUUUGUUUUUUCCUUCAGAUAGGUCGUUGUGUGUUUGUGCAUUGGGAACAAAUUGUUAACAUGGUUCUGAAUCUGCUUAUAUUUCAGUGCUGCUAACUGAAAUAUGUAGAAUAUAGAAAUAAGUAUUUUAAAAUAUUUUAUAUUUACAAUAUUUUAGAAAACUGUUGAUUUCUAUUGUAGAUCAAAUAACAUUUGAUUAGGGGAUAUAAUUCAUAUUGUGAACUGCCCUGAGACCCCUGGGUAUAGGGUGGUAUAUAAAUUCAAUAAAUAAUAACAACAACAACAACAACAACAAUAAUUGUACUCUUGUAGGAAAUAAAGGAAUUAUCAACACUGUUAUUAGCAGAUGAAUACAUUUUUAUUGCUCUUCAGACAAAUUGUCCAGUAUUUCCCUUUUUAUUCUGUUCAGAAAGCAGAGAAUAGAAUAUUUUUUAGAAAGACUUAUCAGGGUGUUAAAUAUACACAUAUUGCUAGAACAAUAAUUUAAUUAAUUUUUAAUUCAGUGUAAUUGUCUGGCACAAUUAAACUGAUCAACAGGAUGUAGUAUCUCGGCAGAUAGUAUUGAAUUAUUUUCCAGUUGUUUCCUCUCCUUUGAAUUUUCAUCUUAGAACAGGUUUUUCUCGCCUUGGCAUACUUUGGUGGGGCUGCUAUCUGACUCACUUGCCAAACUGUUGUAAACUGCUCUUUGGAGAGAGCUGUACAUGGUAGUGUAGAUUUUGCCCAUUUUUUGUAGACUGCCAAAUACAUGAUUCUUAAAGAAUGGAAUACAAAGUUCAUGCAUGUGCAAAGUCAUAGAACACUAUCGUGAUGUUCACAGUAUUCUGGUUAAACUGAGACUAAUUAAGAGUGACGCACUGUUGCAUUCUUUCUUUGUUUGUGUUAAGUUUGCAGUGAAAUAGUUUUGUAACACUGAAAAACAAAUGAGAACCACAACAGUGUGGAGUGCUCCCAUGUAGAGUACCAGGCAGCCAUUUCUUUCCCCAGAAUUCUCCUUUCUGCUGCUGACCUGCAUCCAGCUUGUAGCAUUUUGUAGCCACUGAGGAUGCUCAGUCCUUAUUGUGUGUUUUUGGAGAGUGUUUUUGGCUCCCUUAGGGGGGUCCCCUCAAGUAAGCUGAUAGCGCCCUCUUGUGGGUGAAUGGUUUUUUUGUGUGUUUUUUUGCUACAUACAGAUCAUCCCUAGAGAAUGAGUUUGUAACUAGUAGUAUAAGAUUUAUUUAUUAUUAUACAGUAGCUCAUUCUUAAGUGAAAUUAUUGCAAGUGAGUUCACUCUAUACUUGUAGCUGUAUAAUUUGAAAUAGAAUUCUUUUCAAGAGUUAUAGUGAAGGGGAAACUUGGACAAGUACAAUUUCUUUUAUUACUACCGUACUAUGAUGUUUAAAUCAGGCUUAUAAAAGCCACAAAGCUAAAUGUGGACAUGUUUGUCAGUGUGCCAGGAGCAUCAAUAAUAAUAAUAAUAAAUUUUAUUUAUAUCCCGCCCUCCCCAGCCGAAGCUGGGCUCAGAGCGGCUAACAUCAAAUGUAUAAUACAGUAACAUAAAAUCAGACAAUCAAUUAAAAUACAUCCUCAAGUUCUUGUUUUUGGCUGUCUGACUGGGACUGCAGUAUAGUGCGAUUGAUGAGCACCUGGCAGGUGACAAGUUGUGAAGGUCUGAAAAGUUAGUAAAGUGGCACAAAAAUCCCAGCUCACAAAAGCAGCCACUAGAACUAGAGUGAAUAUACAGUGGUACCUCGCAAGACGAAUGCCUCUCAAGACGAAAAACUCGCAAGACGAAAGAGUUUUUCAUUUUUUGAAUUGCUUCGCGAGACAAAUUUCCCUAUGGGCUUGCUUCGCAAGACGGAAACGUCUUGCAAGUUUGUUUCCUUUUUCUUAAAACCGUUACAGUAAUACAGGGUGCAUUGCUUGAAGAGGUGCAGUUGCGACUUGACUUCGGGGAGCAACUCAUAGCACGCGGUGUGGUAGCCUUUUUUGAGGUUUUUGAUUUUUUUGAAAAAAUUGAAACCGUGCUUCGCAAGACAAAAAAACUCGCAAGACAAAAAAACUCGCAGAACGAAUUAAUUUUGUCUUGCGAGGCACCACUGUACAAUUGUUUUUGCAAAUAAGCUGGAAAAUGCACCAUCUGAACUGGCUUGAAAAUCAAAAUUAAGAAGUUUGACCUAAGAUGCUUCCUCAAAGCCACUUAACACAAGAUGGUUUUCACAUCCAGAUGGCAGUAUCAAGUAGGAACAGUAAAGUAUAAGUUGUGACAAGGGCACAUGUAUCUGUUUUUUCUACAUUUGGGCACAUGUAGAAGCUUUGUAAGCUUUUUGCACCUAGCAAAACAGAUAAUAUGCAUUUGUCCCAAUGUUAAAGUGCAAUAUUACUUCAUUGCACUAAAGUGAUAUUCUAGUAGAAAAAUGAUUUUGUAUAACAUGUCCCUUUAGAUCAAUGGUUGCAUUUCAAAUUAGUGCAGGCUGCUCACAAAAAACUUAUAUCAGUACAAAUCUCAAAUAUUUCACUGACUCACUGUAGUUUUGUAUAACCACAAAAAAAUGAAGGCUCUUUUCAACGCAGAGUUAGAAAAAUGGAUGAAGUUGCCUCAGUCUUUAAUACUGACAGGCUUUGCUUCUUUUUUAGAGGACUCUGAUGAUAGGACUUUCCUCCUACUACUUAUACACAGGCUAUACUUUAAAAUAGUUUUUAUCUUCUUAGGGCAGGCUUGCUUAGGAUAAGCAGAGGUUUUCAUUUUCUCUUCUAAUAUGUAUACAGUACAGCAUUUUUCUACAGUAUUUUGUGUGCUAAAGCUCUUUAGCAGUAUGUAGAUUGUAUCCAAUUCUGCUGUCCUGCUCACCCAGCAGACCUGCACAGUGGAACUUUCCUCCUCUCCUUCCAGCCCCCCAUGCCCCCUCAAAAUCUGCCCCAGAAGGUUGGAGCACCCUCCAGAUCAGAUUUUGGGAGCGCACAGUGAGAAGAGGGGGAAGUCUCAUUGUGCAAGUGCAAAUCCCCUUGCGUAGUGUUGAGUGCAACUCGGACUGAAUAGACAUAACAUCUUCCAGAGGAGUAGCCAUGUUAGCUUGCUGCAGAGAAAACAACAGUCCUGCUACAGACUGAAUUUGUGGCCAUUUAGCCUCACUGUUUUUUUUCUUUGUGUUUGUGUGUGUAGUGGGCAGUAGUCCACAAAAGCUUAUAACAGAAACAAUCUGUUAAUAUAUUGGAUGUCACAACUCUUGUUCUUUUGCCAAGGUAAGAUUGUAGUAGGUAAGAUUCCAUUACCUUAAAAAUUGGUAGAAAAUCUUUUUUUGCAACUGAUUCAUGGGAGAAGAGAUUACUUAUUAAUAUUGUAGUUUGAGGAUAGUACCAGGGAACAAAUAAGACAUUGUGGACUUAAAGGACUAAACAAAUUGCUGUUUCCUUUAGUUACAUCUAGAGGGCACUACAAAAUAAGAAAUUGCAUCAUAGCUCAUGAACAGAGCAUGGAUCUUCAAAUGCAAUUGCUGUGGGAAGAAAAUCUUCACUAGUAAAUUUAUCAUCUUGUGCUAUAGGAACAUAGACCAGUUAGUUUGUAGUCAGAUAAGACUAAGGAAAUGAAAAUACAUAGCAAAAGUUGAUUUUACAAAUUGUGUGGAGUAGGUCAGCAAUGUGGUCUGCCUCCGAAAAUCUAAUAGUAACUGAAAGUAAUGCAGGUUUACGUGUUCUUAUAUGCGUUUCACUGAAAAUACUGUUGCAUGGGUUUGGAAAAUUACAAGGUAGUAAUAUUUUAUUGAUGGGCAGGAGGGUCACCAAAAUGCAAAUAAUAUGAUAAUUGAAAAUACAGGAAGUUCAAUAUCUUCUUAGUUCUUAUUUAUUAUGGUUGUAUUCUGCCCUUGAACCCAAAGGUUCUCUCCAACUGAAGAUAGUUAACUUUAAAUGGGGAAAAAUAUUGAUCCAAUGGAGGAAUAAAACAAUAACCAAAGGAAAAGGGGUAGAGGAGCACUGACAUAGCAUAUAGGUGAAAAUUGGAUAAGAGUUUAAUAAUCAGUUAAACAACACUGCUUGAAACGCUUGCCAAAUUCCACUGAAUUUCUUUGCAUUCCCUGUUGUGCCACAUAACUAGGCCUCUUAUAGAGAAUUUUAGAAUGUCCUUAAAGCAAUUCUUAAAUAUAGGUGUACAUUGUGUUGUCCAGAACUGUACCGCAUCUUGUUUUGCUACUAAUUAUUACUUGCAUUCCAUUAAAUAGUAGGUUUUUUUAAAAAAAGUACCCACAUUAUAGGAAUAUGUUCCUGAAUUAAGAAGUUUGAAUGAGAAUUCUAGUAUUGGAAACAAAGCUAAAUUGUUUUGCUACUUUUUCUAAAUAGAUUUAAUGGUGCAGCAAUUCCAAAAAUACAGACAACACUUGCUGGUGAAGUUAUACGGAUUAUUUGUUACAUGCUAGAGAUGCUAAAAUGUCCACAAGGGGGUAAAAUGGGGGUCAAGACUCUAGGGAGUAUGAAAUUCAAUUUCCUGCUGAAUAAGCCAAUUUCAUUGGUCAAUUGAUGAGAUUUGUGUUGAGUGCAACCUUCCAUUGCUGUUAUAUAAUAUUUUGCACCAAAUACAAUCCUCUCAGGUUUGGGGCUACCUGAAAUAAACUGGUAUAAAAUUACACCUUACCUCAGGAGGAAGGUUUGAAUGUUUAAAGUAAGUCUAGUGCCUUCAGAAAAAACCCAGUCUUUUGAGGUAGACAGAUCUGUAAUUGCUUCUGUUUAGGUUUUUAUAUUUCUUGGAACACUAGUCUGCUGUAAAUUUGUAAUAUCCCUCCCCCCAAUUAUUAUAAUAAAAUUCUGAAGAGGAAUAUUAUCUACUCUGAAUCAUUACUCUUCUUUUUUAAAGUUGGAAGUUAAAGUGUAGAUUUGUAAAUGCUUGCCUAUUAGUCAUAAAAACAUAGGUUGGUUGAGUGGCGAAUUUUCUGAGGAGCAUAAUGCAGCUUGCUACUAGACUGUGGUGAGUAGCAAUAGUAGCAAUUAUCCUCAGUCAACUUUUUUUGUGUGUCAAACUGUAUCACCUGUAGCUUGUUUGCUCCGUGGUGAGCUUUGUGCUGCCAUGACAUGCUGUGCUGGUGAAGUGCUAUUACAACUGUAUAUUCUACUGUAAAAGCCCGAGUAAUUGUUUGAGUAGAAGGGCAAAGAGAGCCGUGAAUUGGUGGACAGCUCUUGCAUGGCUGCCUUGUGUUGCAAUGCAGGCCAGCCCUGUGGGAGUUGCAUGUACGUGCUCUUUUGCAGUUAACAGGUACAUUGUUUGUAAAUUCUAAAAACAUUUAUGUAUAAUUAUUUUAUUUUAUUAUAUGGGGCUUCCAGUGCUCUCCCAUCCAAGGGAUUGAUCAGGUCUAAAGCUGCUUCAGCAUUUCUGUAACCUCAGAUGCUUUCAGACUUUUCACUGAGUUCCCAGGUUGUACUUCAUAAUGGUGUUGGAGGCUGAGCCCAGGCAAACAAAGCAUUGUCGGGGGGAUGUGGGGGAAAGAUAUCCAAGGUUGCCUUAGGUGUUACCUUGAAAGAUGCAAGUCUUGUUGCAUUUUUGUAACUCCAAAGCAAACAGGUUUUUAAAUCACAUGGUUUUAAGUAGUUAAAGAAAAGGGGAUUUUAUUCCCCUGCAAUUUUUCAACUGCAGUGAAAACGAUAAUGCUUGGUAGUUAAAAGAAUGAUUUCUAGACUAAAAAACCAAAAUGGCACUUGGUGUGAGGUAUAAAACUAAUUUAGAACUGUCUCUCUUUCAGCAGCUUCAUGAAACAGUCAAAAGGAAACUUGAUAGUUCCGUUUCACCGCAGAAUGGCGACCAGCAGAAUGGCUAUGGGGACUUGUUUUCUGUUCCCAAGAAAUUGCGUCAUGAUGAUGGUCUUGUUGGAUUGAGUGGCUCCUCUAAUGGAAUCCCUCCUGCAUCACCUCUGCACCAGCUUGACAGCAAAUCUUCUGGUGGAGACACCUUACAGCUUAAUGGAAAACAUUCCAUGGGUCUAGAUGGCAUCAACAAAAAGUGUCUGCCAGACUCUAACCUUCAGCUGAAUGGAAACAGUGAUGCUGAUGACCCCUUUGCUAUGGUUAUUAACAAGGAGCUUAAACAAGAACCAGAUGACCUUCCUUGUAUGAUUACGGGACCAGGAAGUUCAAUAUCUCAGAAUAAUUUGAUGUCUGAUCUUAACCUUAAUGAGCAAGAGUGGAAGGAGCUCAUUGAUGAACUUAACAGAUCCGUGCCUGAUGAGGAUAUGAAAGAUCUAUUUACAGAAGACUUUGAGGAAAAGAAGGAUGUUGAUGCUUCAAAUUCAGCUGCACAAACUCCAUUACCACAGGACAUCAUUAUCAAGACUGAAUUUUCCCCAGCAGACUUUGAACAAGAGCAGAUGGGAUCCCCACAAGUCAGAUCUACUUCUGCUGGCACAACGUUCAUUGGUACCUCUUCUGUUAGUGCUGCUUCUCCAUCAGUUAGUAAUUCUCAAACUAUGGUUCAGCCUUCCACUCAGUCAGUAGCUGAAAAUUCCAACCAGUCCAUGAUGCAGCAAUCAAGCCAGUCUCAGAAUAUUCAGAGGCCUCUUCCUAGUUCAUUGUUAUCUGGUCAAAAUACAGGGGGUGCCAAAGAGAUGUCAUCUGCUAAACAGCUUCAACAGAUAGCUGCUAAGCAGAAGAGAGAUCAGCUGUUGCAGAACCAACAGCAAGUCCAUCAACCCAACCAGAUUCCUAGCUGGCAGCAGUCUGGACCUUCACACAGUCCAUUAGCUGUUUCAUACACUAUGGAAAAUCCCACUAGCCCUUCAGUUUACCAACAGGACUUCAAUAACCAGAAACUCAUGAUGUCUAGUAUGCCAAACAAGAGUUCUCCGAGGGCUGGAGUUAAUUAUCAUGGUGGAAAUAUGUUAAGCCAUCAGCCAAACAGCUUAAACCAGAACUCUGUAUCUAGUCAAAACUCUGUGCUAGAUUAUGGGAAUACGAAACCUCUUUCACAUUACAAAGAAUGCGGUCAAGGAGUUACAGUAUCUGGACAGAACAAGUCUCCAAUGUUGGCAUACAUGCAGCAGCGUCAGCAACCCACUCUGCCUCAUAUGAGCGAUGAGCAGAAUGGGAUGUUUGUAAUGAAGAAGUCUGGAAAUACUGCUUAUAGACCUCUAGGGCCACACAGCCAGGUAAGUGUUUGAAGUAGAAGGUUUGGUAAUAGUAAAUGAGGAGGGCUGAAUAAGUAGAGCAGCCAUGCAAAGUAGUUCCAUUGUAAGGUGCAUAUUUUAGAGCUUAAUGUAAAAUAGUACAAUGGACAUGACAAAUAGCAACAGUCUUAAUUGAGAAAGAAACAUACUGUUUCUCAUAUUCUCUGAAAAGAUAAAUGCCAUGAUAAUAUACUAUUUCUGUUCCAAAAUAGUCACUGCAAUGAUCUUUAUAAACAGGGGUACAGUUCUUCAAGCUCUGAUAAAUAGGAUCUAAUUAAAUUUUAGGAGAUCUUUUUAUUGCUCUGAUUAUUUUGUUUGAAUAGGUAUGACUAGGAUUGAAGUUUCUUAUGUGAUAUUACUAGUUACUCUGAAGACUGGAGAAGGGACCCUCAUAAGAAUAUUAGGGGAAGUGUGGUUUUGUUUUAUGCAGUCUUAAGAUGAGGACUAGACCAUGUGAAAAAUGAACAUAAGAUUUUAGCUGCAGUUCAUUCAUUUUCAGCUUUGUAUUCUUGUUAUAAAAAAGCAUGCCUAGACACUCCAUUGCGGCGGUGCCCAUAACCUAGGUUUAAGAUACCAUUUAGCUCUUAGCGUUCAUAUCUCAGUUUCUAACACUGCAUAUAGGGCUUUAUUAGUCUUCAUUUCCUUGAAAUCAUCCAAGGGUAAAGAUUGAACCUCACACAGCAUAUUUAUGGGAACCUAGAGCCAGAAAAAACAUGCCUCUUAAUGAAGAUGGAUAACUGUUUUGACCAGUGAGGAGAUACAUUCUAUCUCUGGUGUAAAUUGUUUAAAAAGCCAACCAGAAAUUUGCUUAAAGAAUGCUUCCACCUCCUUAAUGAAUAAUAUGACUGUUAUUACAGUGUAAUGUAAGUUAUAUUGCAAAAGUGGCUUACUUCAGGGGUACCAGAUCACAUAUAUUAUAGUGGGUACUGUUAAACUGCGUCAGAAUGUUGGGUUUUCCCCCAGUGAGAGCGCAACCCAUAGAGGAAAUCAAUAUCUUUUCCUUAUUAUUGGAAAGUAUGUGUGCUGUGUUUCUGUUCAGUGCUGUAUUUAAUGAAUCCUCUUGGUUAUAAAUGCCCUUUGGGCUUCUUCUCACAAUGAGGUUCCUUGAAUCCUGUCACUGGAUGGUUGCUGCCCCAUGCGGCCAUUUCAUGGAUCUUGGCUUACCACUCACUAGACAUUAACAGACUCAGACUUCAUUGUGUGGUUUUGUUUCAAUAUCACAGUUAGUAUGCACGAUUGCUGCAUCUUCAGAAGUGGCUUUUAAUUUAAUGAAGAUUUUUAUUAGACAGGCUUGCUGUACUUUCAUUUAUCUUCUUUGCUACAUUGUAAUAGUUGCUGAAAGCAGAACAGUAGUCACUUUUAAAGACUUUUUGAAAGGGUGAUCUUUGUGCUGCUGCUGCUGCUGCCGCCACCGCAGUCCUCCUCUAGCCGUUGGGCUUGAAAAAACCUAAUUACUAGGAGAGAGAAGAAUGGGGUGGGGGGGAGAGAGAGUAUGUGUGUGCGCACGCACACACUCACAUGUGUUGUGUAAGAUAUGUGUUGUAUGUGUGUUUGUGCAGUGUGUAUGUAAGUCUGUGGUGUGUGUUUGUGCAGUGAAAGCCACACCUAUUUUUCUUUGGUAAGUGCCCCCCACAGGUGGUAAAGAGGGACUGUGACCUAUACUUCUUCACCCACUUCAUAAUGUAUGGAAAUAUGCUUCUGUGGUCUCCUGUCUGGUUUGUGCUUUUGCACAAAGGUGGCAUCAUAAUAAGAGAGUGAAUUUCAAUCAAAACUAAAAGUAAAAUUCAAUCAAAACUAAAAUUACGUUGAGCAUCACUUCUUGGCAGAUAGCUAUGAAUAUAUGAGAAGUCCUCCAUCAGAAGCAGAAUUAUAGAUUUAAUCCUGUGUUCCCAAAUUGAAUUCCAGGCUUUCCAUCCAAUUUAUGUGUUUGCUUUUGUAGGAUCAAAAUCCUUCUGCUGGUGUUCCUCGCAUUCCUGUUUCUGUUCCCGGCUCUGGUGUGAAUGCACAGUCACCCAAUGUUUCCAUGGCAGGUAACCAUGGCAAUCCAGCCUAUCUCAACAGCCAGCAGCAAGCAGCUGUAAUGAAGCAGCAGCACCAAAUGCUACUAGAUCAGCAGAAACAGAGGGAACAACAACAAAAACAACAACUGUUAAUGGAACAACAGAAACAGUUUAUAAUGGGGCAGAGGCAACUAAUUGCUGAACAGGUAGGGGACAUCAGAAUAAGUGUAACUUUUCCUUUUUGUAUUUGUCUUAUUAUUUUGAUGGACUUGAACUCCUUCCUGUUACCUGAUUAUUGUAUAUUAAAUAAGGUUUUGCUGAUUGUAUAAGAGCAGCUCAGUUCUGCCUGUUGAUAAUACUGAAGACUCUUCCUGCUCCACAAGCAAACAGACAAAAAUGGAGGGGAUUACAGUCACGUAUUACAGAGAAAAAGUCACAUACCACCUUUCUCCUCUCACUGAUAUCUUUCAUUAGCUCCUGACAAAGCACAGAGGUAAAUAUGAAUUCUUAUGCAACCAAAAUGGUAACCCCUCCCCCGCACACACAGCAAACUUGAAUGGAUCUCCAAGGUUUGCAAAAAUUUUAAAAAAAAAUUGUUAGAAAAAAAGGAUUGUAAUAGCACCUCAAACUGGUUUACAAAAAGAAUAAAACAAUAAAUAUUAGUAAGCGCAGUUAAAAACAAGUAUCCAAAACAUUCAAAAAUAAAAUAAACUAAAAUGAAAUUAAAACACUCAGCAGCUUCUACAUGUCUGGAUAAGCUUGCCUAAACAAAAAAGUAUUUAGUAGCUCUACAAAGCACUUGGCAGGACCCGCCUAUCAGCUGAUUGUCAGGGCUUGAUAAGCCUCUUGCAAAGUGCUUUGCAAAAUCCAUUGAGGAGCAGAUUGUCACAUCUUGUGAAAUGUUUUGAAAGGCACUUUGUUGCAGUUUGAUUUCAGACCUUAUGGGGGAAAAAAUGUUCUCCUGAUGACAUUGUGACAUCAAAUAAUGAGCCGGAGGGCAGUGCUGCCCACUUGUUAAAUUAUUCCUGUGAGAGGUGGGGGGAGAUCUGGCCAGAUUCUGUUCUCUAGCCCCCACAGUGCAGUGUAAAAAUGGUUCUGGUAUACUGUACUACCAUAUUUAUUUAGAAUGAAGGUACAGUGGAACCUCGGGUUGCAAACGUGAUCCAUGCGGGAGGCACAUUCGCAACUCGCAGCCCCGAGUCUGCGCACGCUCAUGACGUGAUUUGGCGCUUCUAUGCAUGCGUGAAGCAUGAUUUAGUGCUUCUGCGCAAGCGCCAAAACCUGGAAGUAACCUGUUCCGGUACUUCCAGGUUUCGGCCCGUCCGUAACCUGAAAAAGCGUAACCCGAAGCGUCUGUAACCCAAGGUACCACUGUACAGCAAUGUAUUGCUGGAAUUCCAAAGGAAUGUUUUCAUUGUACUUGAACAUGAUGAAUGAACCUCCUCAGGAUUAAAAUGUCACACUAUUCUUCCCCUUGAAUAAAUUUAUUUGAGAGGAGGCAUUGCAAUGUGGAUGUUGAGUCCCUCAAAAUACCGCAUUUCCUUUACUUUGGAGCAUGUUUACUAGAGAGGAACUACAGCACAAAAAUCUGUGAAGAACUCCAGUGAAAGGCAAAAUCUGUUAUUCUACAUUCCCUUCUGUUUUAGAUAAAAAGGCUUAACUGUUCUCAAAUUCUUCUAGGCAGUUUGCCUAGUGGAAUGUCAGUUUAUUAUUGAGUGGAGCUCAUUGUUUUAUAGAUAUGACUCCCUUUCUAGCACCUUCUUGAUAUAUUCUGCUAUGUUUUAUUUUAGUGUAUACAUCAGCCUUGCUUUUCUUACAUACUAAGCAGUAGCAUUUUUUUCUUUAAUUGUUUUUAUGAUGUUAUUAACGUGAUUGUAGACUGCUUGAGACAGCAAUCAACCUAUAUACAACAUUGCUGUUUACAUUAAGGCAUUGUUUAUGACAAAGUUUAGGCUGUGUUUUCUUACAGUCUUGCAUCUGCCCUGUUUUAGGAAAAGCAAAGGCAUCAUCAGGAACAACAGCAACAGCUCCAGAGGCAUCUAACACGACCGCCCCCUCAAUACCAAGAUCAGACACAGAAUCCAUAUCAACAACAGUUCACAGGUAAAUAGGACUGUGGGAAUGAUUUGUGAAAGACUAGCUGGAAAGCAGGAGAGGUGUGUGCAGAAGCAAAGUGUCUUCAGCUUCUAUGGAUUUGGUCAUUAGUUAAGUUUAAAAUGUUCUUUUACUGCCAUAAUUCAUAAUCUUAUGCUCUGGAUUUAAGUGCUUGGCCUUUUAAAACAAAAACAAAAAACUAUUGCAUCCAUACAAGUUACAGAGGAAUCACUUCUACUGUGAAGUGUGCAAAUGAUGGAUUUCAUUUUUUUCUCAGUGCUGGUAGCACUGCUAAAGAGAAAUGUAAGCUGAUAAUCUUCUUUACUUGCUACCUAUCAAUUUAAUCAAGUAUGUUAAUUUUGGGAGGGCUCAGUACUAGGAUAGUGGCAGAUGAGACAAACUGGAUUGGCAUAUUUUUGCAUGUGGGAUGGUAAUUUUCAUGUUAGUGCAUAUUCACUGUGCAUUUCCAACACAGAUGGGCUAGCUUUUCAAUAUGUGCAAGUGACAGCUGUGAAUGAGGACAGAGGUUUCCACAUCAGUGGUUCAUUUGAAUAUUGCAGAACUCAUGCAUUGUUUUCUUUUUCCUUGCCUUGUUAGGCAGUUAACAAGACUUGCAUAGUGCUCCUGUUCUGCCCUACAACCUCUUCCUCGCUAUAGACUUUAUAGCAGCACUAAUGAGGUAGACACAUAUAUAAUGGUACAGGUUGUCCUGGCCUCAGAGCUUCUUCAUUCUCUAAUACAGCCAAAGUUGUGCUCCCAGUGUUCUAGUAAUUUUGCCUAAUUACUGUUAUUGCAGCAGCUGAGAAAAUAGCUGCUGUUGUGAUUUUAUCCAUGUAUCAUCCAGUUUACAAUUACACUGUCUUGUUUGGGCACAUGCACGGUCAGGCGUGGCAAAGCUCAUGUGUGAAGGAAUGUGACGGUGUCAAGCAACCCUAUGUUUGCAUUAAAUUUAAGUAGCCAGCUCAGAUAGGUUUAUUUGCAACAGUACAUAGGUGGCAGUCGUGAUUCUGCCCUUGCACCAUAAUGUUCUGUUUAAUUAACAGUCCUUACUCCUGUUCUUAGCUGCUAGCUUUGUGAUGUGUGAAAAGGUGCCACCACCCAAUUUUAGUCAUUGCCCUCAUCCCUCUGCAAAUACCACCCUAUUCAAGAGGACGCCCUAACUCUUAAGAGAGGUUUUUCAUGGGGCUGCUGGGGGGAGGUAGCAGUGGCAGGAAAGUCACCUUCUGCUGGCACUUCUCAAGGUUCAAGACAAUGAGUCCUAAAUACAGCUACAAAAUGUUGCAUGCUGCAGUAUAUGUAUAAUGUUGCACCUAAACUGAGGAUAUGUACUGCUUAGUUUUUAUAAAUGUUGAAACUCUCGUUUUGUGUUAUAGGCUCAUCUCCAGCGAUGGCAGGGGUAAAUAAUUUAGGCCAGUCUAACUCCAGUAGUCCACGCAUGUUUUCUCAGACUCAGAAUAUGAUCCAGAUUGGCACAGGACACAGUUCUGUCUCCUCAAGCAGCAAUCAGCAAGAUCGAGGAGUAAAUCAGUAUCCUAGUUUGCAGAGCAUUCAGCGAGGUACCUUGUACAACAUGGCAUCUGGUAUGACACAGAUGGUUCCACAGCAUGCAAAUCCAAGUGCCAAUGGACAGCCACAAAUGCAAAGACAACCCAGUUUGGCACAGGGCACUGCUCUUCCUGCUGGAUAUGGACAGAGCACCCUAGGAACUGCCAGCAUUUCUCAGCAGCACAGUAAAGGAGCACUGAAUCCCAACUUAUCCAAGCCACAAAUGGCAAGGAUGCCAACAUCUAUUGGGGUCCAAAAUCAAUCAUGGCAGCACCAAGGUAUGUCAAAUAUGAACAACCAGGCACAAGGGAACAGUGGUUUAGGGACAUUUACUGCCAACUCCACUUUCCAUAUGCAGCAGACUCACCUAAAGUUGACCAGUCAACAGUUUGCGCAAGGAAUGCCUCAGGUAAGCCUCAACACCAGCAGGCCAAUGACGUCCAUGAACUCUGCUGUCUCUGGACAGAUGUUGUCAUCUAUAAGUGCCCAGCAGAGGACAAACCCUCCUACCCAGCAGACAGUCCCAUCACAGCAGGUCUUGCCAGGCAUGAAUCAAGCUGUCCCAGAUAUGACUUCUUUCAGCCAGAAUCAAAAUCAGCAACUGCCUAACAGAGCCAAUCUGCAUUGUAGUCAAGGUUAUCCAGUGAGGACACCCAGUCAGGAACUGCCCUUUGCCUACAGCAACCCAUCUGGUAGUAAUGGACUGCCGAACUUAACUGGGGAUACAGAUCUUAUAGACACUUUGUUGAAAAACAGGACUUCAGAAGAAUGGAUGAAUGACUUGGAUGAGUUGUUAGGGAAUCAUUAAAAAGAGGUUUGGGGAUCCCCCCCCCAAAUCUUUUAUUUUUAAUUACAACUAUCUUUGGACCAAAUACCUGUGGAAUUGAGAAAAUUCACAGGCACUAGUGGGAAUGUAUUGGAGCUGCUCCCUUCUGGGUCUAACAGCAUGAGAAGUAUGCCCCAAUUUGAUAGGAUAUAACAUUCUCAUUUUUGUAGUGGGUCUGGAACACUGCUCAUGGAAACAGUCCUGGUCAGUUUGGUGUGCAUCCCAGCCAGCCCUUCAGAAGUUUCAAUUUUAACAGUGUUUUUCAGUUGAAGGUUUAAAUGCGAACCAUGCUGUGGUGAUUCACAAAGUAAGCCAGCAAGGAAGACUCAAAAUACUCAGUGUUAAGGCAAUCGUUUCUACAACUAGUACUUGACAGGUUUCUUGAUUCUAACUUGACCUGCAAACUAGUGAAAGUUAACACUCUGCAACCUUUUUCUGAGGAAAGAUUGUGCAACACUUUCUUUGCAAAAUCUACUCUAGUUUGAGAAGUCAUUCUUCUAGUCUCUAGUGAUACUUGGCAAGCAAGAUAUGAGAGUUCACAAUAAUAAUAGCUGAUGGCUUUCUGUGCUGAAGAUCAUUGAGUGUUAAAACUUGUCCAGCAGUAGGUUGCUAGAGCCCUAAACUGGGGACCUCAUCCUUAAAUAGCUUAUGGCUUACUAAGCUAAGCAAUUUGCACUCUGCUGUGGGGGAAGACUGAGCUCUUGGUUUUUUGAUGAUUUUUUUUUAAUCGGAGAAUCAGCUUAAAAUCAAGUGUGCACUUUUUCUAUCUCCUUUUUAGCAUCCAUUAAAUGAGAACGUUGGGUUGAUCACAGCUUAUUUCUUCUCUUGGAUUCAGAGGGCAUUUAUAAUUAGCAAUCUUUUGUUGCCACACAUAGGCUGUACCAAUGAGAACAGGAUCUGUUACUUUUGGUCAAGCAAGUGAAGGAAGUUUUGUGCCUUGGAAACUGUUACUAACCUGAAAAACUUUGCAAUAAUGGCACAGAGAGCCUGGGGAAGCAUAAUACUUUAUUAAAGGUUCUUCCAUUGUGAGAGCCCCCAUAUUUUGGGGAAUUUUUUUUUAGUGAUUUAAUCUCUUUAGAAAUAUGUAGACUAAUCUCCAGUGAAGCAGAUGCUGCUAUUUCAUCACGGUUCAUGGAGACCCCUUCAUACAUAUGUAGGGACGGUCCCAUGCAGGGCAAGGAAAAGAGAGAAUUGUUCUUAACAGGUUACCAAAAAUUCUUCUACUUGCCAACAAACCACCUUUUGCCUUAACCUUUCGUUUAUAAAGGUAAUAAAUUUGAAAGUUGUUUUAGAUGCACAGAUACCUCUGUUCCCUACUCUGGGUCUGGUUUUGUUCUUUAAUGAACAGGACUGUUUACCUCCUUAAUUCAUCACACCUGUCACUGAGAAUCAAAGAAUUUUCUUCAAGCCUAUUCAGGAGCAUCUCUACACAAGAAAAGUGUGAAGAUUUGAGUUUGGGAUAUUUUAGACAGGGAAACGGAUAAGGGAUACAACAGUUGAACCAUAGGAAGGAAAUAUUUUACUGUAUCUGCAGUGUUUUUCUCAGAUGUGCACUUUGGAAAAAAAAAUCCGCUUUAACACUACUUUUAUUUAAUCUUUUCCCAAAUUACACAUGGAUAUUAGUUCUGUUUUAUAUGCUUGCCACCCAUGAGUAGUUAUGUAUGCCAUGCUAAACAGAUUUUUGUAUUGUAUCUUGAUGGACUGUUGAUGGGGGUUAAAUUGUGGAAGCUGCAUGUUGAUGAAUGGUUUUACUGCUGAAUGUCCAAACUGAAGUAAAUCACAUUAUUUGUAUAUUUUUAAAACACCAUUUUCUAAGAGGCAGCUCAUUUUAAUGAAUGAAACAUUGGUAUGGCUGAUAUUAUAAGUAAAUUAGAUUAGAGUUAAAUUUACUAAUAUUUUCGACAAGUCAGCGAGUGAGUGAAAUUGUUUGUGAGCUCGGUUUAUUAAAAAAAUUGCUCCAAAAUGUCACCAGAAUAUCUUUUAAUCUCUGUAGAUUUUUUUUGGGCCAGGGGCAGAAAUGUGUUUUUUGGACACACGCAGGGGCAGGGAGAGGGGUUAGGUAUGGAAAUAAUUGAACUUGGCUUAUGAACAGUUUGGAAAUUUUGCACCAGCGUGCCUUCCUUUUCUUACUGGAGGUGUUUGGCGCCUCAUAGUUUUUUAAUUGUCUGGGUUCUGCUGAUUUUUUCCUCUCCCUCAGGCACACUGAAAAAUAGCAGGUUUUAAGGAAUUAAAUAAUACUAAAUUCUAGUUGGAUCUCCUAAAUAUAAUUUAGGUCAAAAGAAAAUGAAACUCCUUGUGUUUCUAAUGAGGCAAUCAGAUUUUGAUGUCCAGUAAAAUGCUAAUGUCUUUUUCAGCUGUGGGCAUACGUUGUUUAACUUUGUUCAGAUACAGUUUUAAGCAGAAUGGCCUAGAAUAUUUUUGGCAGUCAUAAUUGAGUAUGGAGGCUGGGUGGGGAAGGGCUAAGUGCUGCCCUUCAGCCACUUGUAGCAGUUCAUAAAUGAAUAUGCACUUGAGCUUUGCAUUUGCUGCAGCUUUAGAGCAAUAAGAUGUGGCUCCCCUGAGCUUUACCUAGCCUGCUGCCUCAGCUUUAUUUAUAUACUGUGGUCAUGGACAGGUGAAAAGGUGUUCAACAUCCACUGCCUUCCAAACCCCCUACAACUGAAUCGAAAAGGGUGCUCAGUUUUCUAUACUACACAUUUUUUGUGUGUAAAUAAAUGUUUACAGUUUUAUAUUAAAGAUUGAAUAAGAGUUAGAUCUGAGUGUAUAUUUUUUACUUUUUAUAGAUUUUAAAACUAUAAUUCUUUAAAUAUAUAUAUAUAUAUAAUAUGUGCGUGCGUGUGUGUGUGUGUGUGUGUGUCGGGGGGUGGUUAUGAUAAAUUUUACACUUGUUUAAAUGAACAGUUCAAAUUUGAUGCUAACCUUUUUUGUCAUUGAAAUGUAUAAAGAGCCCAUUAAUCCAUUUAUUUUCUUUAACUACAAUUACUGUGGCACACCAAAAAGAAAUAUUUCACUUCUGUUACGUCAUUAUAAAAAAUAAAUAUUUUGCUAGUGUAUUAAACAAA